AUGUAGUCGGAAAUUCCGGUCACAUGGCAUCGCUCACCUAGCCAAUCGCGGCAUACGGCGCCACACGUUCAAACUGACGCCCAAUUGUACUGGCUGCGGUGUUGACUGUACGAGGUAGCCGGGAUUGUGGAUUUACGGGGAGCGGGUGAGGCGGAGUGUGCCAAGAAAACCAUGGCAAGGGAAAGGUGUUUAAAAAAAUCCUUUCAGGAUAGCCUUGAAGAUAUAAAGGAGCGCAUGAAAGAAAAGAGAACCCAAAAACUAGCAAAGGUUACAUCAGUUAGUAAGGCAUUAUCUUCAAAAGUCAAGAUCAUCGCCAAUACUUCUAUAACUGUAAAGAGCUAUCAGGCCAAUAACCAAGCUUUGGCUCUGGCUGUAGAAGCUGAAAAGUUAAAGACCAGACAAGCUCAAGAUCUCAUCCUUCAUUUGAAAAGAGAGCAGCAGAGGAUGAUGUUUGAAAUCUUUCUUUUGAGAAGAAAGCUAAACCUUCAACAGGGAAGCACUCAAUCUGAGGCAAAGUUGGCAUCCUUGAAAGAAAUAAUUGCCAAAGUCACGCACAACUUGCUAGAGACUGCCAACCUUCUUGGCCCUGCACAUGCAUUGUGUUCAAGUGAUUGUUCAACGGGUGCUGCUCCUGCCAUGGAGGGACGUUCUGGUCAGACAAGUAGUGGCUUGGUGCAGACGUGUGUACCACCUCCAGAUGUAAAAAAUGUUAGGAGUGUGGACAGCUGCUCGAGCGCUGAGACAAGAAAUCCCAAAGAUGGUUCUUUGAAAACCUCCUCCAGUAAUGGGCCUGCAUCUAGAGGCAAGCGUGGAAGAAAAUCCAGCUUGAAUCUGUCAAGAACAGACGAUGAAAGCUCUGACACAGAGACUACAGACAAUUAUAACCAUUUUAAAAAUGUGUCUGUGAGACGCCGUGCUUCCAAUUUAGAUACAUGCGUAGAAGAGACCUCUAGGGGUAAUUUACUACUAAGAAAUUCUAUGAUUGAAGUUCCUGAAUCAGAACCCAUUGCCCCUGUGGAAGAUAACUUGAAUAAGAACAGCACUGAUCAAUGGAUGAGCCAAAGUCCCUCAAAAGAUGACAUUGUUCCAUUUACAAAGCUAUCCCAGAUAUCCAGUUCAACACCUGAGCCCAAACCAAAGAAAGUGUCCAAAGGCAAAAAUGAGUUGCGCUCAGGACGAGAGAGAGCUAAAAAAGGCAGAGCAGAGGGAGGAGGUACAGUCCAGCUGAAAAAGCCUUGGGAAAAGACAAAACCAAGGGCGAGAUCCAAGAGUAGAGAGAGGGGUGCCAGCAAGUCAGGAUCUUCUAAAGACACAAUGAACAGUUCUUUAAAUUCAGGUGACGCAUAUGACUUUGUCUUUGAGGAGAGCAUACAUGUUACUCCAUUCCGCCAAGGCAGACCAAGCAAAAAUCCAGACGAGAAUGAAGAGUCGGAGGAAAAGGGUAGCACCAGUGAGGAAGAACAAGAAUCGGAAGACGAUUUAUAUCUGCCUUCUAGGGAAAAGUUAAGACAACACAGCAUUGAGAAAAAUACAGCUUCACUUCCUUUAAGGCCCAGAUCUAAAAGAAGCAAAGUACAGCAGUCGGCUGAGAAGAAGGAAAAUAGAAGCAGUGAUCGCUUUAAAAAAGAUAUCGGUAACUCAAAGAAAAAUCGGAAAAUUAGUAUGAAUGGUCAAGGCGAGAAUCCUCAAACCCCAUUCAACAAAACCACAGAGCCAGAGGAAAGCAACAAAGCAAACUCCUUAAUAAAAUGUGGCAAUAAGGAUUUAGAAGUAGAACAUAGCAUGGACCUUAACAUGGAUCAAGAUCUUUUUUUCCCUGCGGACAAAAGUUUAAGUGAACCUGAAGGAGUAUUACCAGGUCAGCGGAGCAGCCUUGCUGAUCUUACGAAUUAUUCUUUGUGCUCAGGGAGAAAUGAAACAAAGAAACAUUCUUUUCCGUUUUCAAACGACAGUGGCCGGAAGCUGUCGGGAACCUCCAUGAGGAAAAGGCGGUGUACUGUAACGGUUAAUUAUGCAGAGCCAAGUCUCACCAAGAAACUCCGAAGAGGUGAUCCCUUUACGGAUACAAAAUUUUUAAGCUCCCCAAUUUUCAAGAACCGGAAAUCACUGACCAGACAAUCUCUAUCAAAAUACAACGAGGCCUUUGUUGGCUGCCGUAGAUGACGGCUAAUGACAUGAAAACGGACAAGUCAUCCCCCGUGUGUGUGUAUAUAUUACAAUUUUUUUUGUAAAUAUUUAAAUAUACUUUUUGUAAAUAUGUAAGUGUACAAUGUAUAUUUGUCUUGGCAUGCACUUCUAAAAAGGAACCAUGAGAAGGUUAAAAACUUGAAAGGGUUACAGAGGUUCCUAGGUAUCAUAGGGGCGUUAUCCAUGUGAUACUGGAUUCUUGUGGAUAUUUAGCGGAACUAAACCCACAGAUUUAAGUUCCCCAAAACCGCUGCAUUCAGGGUAUGUCUAUCAGUUAGUGUACUUGUGUUGGCUCUCAAUUUAACUGUCGAGCUAUCAAAUGGCUGGUGUCGUAACUGAAUACAUGUGUAGCACCAUGGCAAUGAAAACGGGCUAAGAUGGCCGUUUCCUUGGCUGUAAAGGAUAGGAGGGUUUAGUUCUACUUUUAUAGGUAUCUUGGUGUGGUCAUUGGCCUGUACUGCCACAGUUUCGCAGAAAAUAUAGUUUUCUUGAUUAAAAAACAUUUACCAACAA